AUGAUACGUAAGUGGUACUUAAAUUUUUAUCGCCUAGAUAAUAUUGGAAGCGUCCCAACAGUUGCUACCGAAGAAGCCAAAACUAAAGCAAGAUACUUAAUAUAUACAAUCGGAUAUAUCGUAGAUUUUAUGUCUGUAUAUCAUAUGAUUCUCUCAGGAAUGGCCUUAGGAUAUGCAAUAAUUCUUCAAUCACAAAAAGAAAUUUCAUUAUGGAUCUCUUACUUUGUACGUCUUACACAAUUUGCUGAUUAUUUCUUUUAUAUCUCCACGUUCCUUAUUUUUAUUACAACAUUUAUAUUUGCAGGAGUUUUACAUAUAACAAAUUGGGACCCAUUUUCAAAAUAUGUUUUAUGGGCCUGCUCUUUUCUAUUACUUGUUAAUAUGUUUUCAACCACAUACUCCCUUCCUAUGUCGUUGAUGGUUACAAAACUCAAUUGGACCAAUGAUUACUGGUACAAGACAACAAUAGCUUUGAAUACAAUUGCGAAAGAACUUUACUCAAUUUAUAGACCUUUAUCCAUAUUCAGAAUGAUUACCAUUGUUGCUACAGCUCCAUUUGUCGCUUAUUUCACAAGUGAUUGCAGAGGUGCAUCUUGGGAUGCUUUGGUCAAAUUAAUUGAUCAAAAGAAUGCCAAAAAGACAUAA